CCGCCGGCCGCCGCCGCCGCCAUGUUCCGGAGCCUGCUGGUGGCGGCGGCGCAGCGGCCGCAGGGCUCGGCCGGGCCCCCCCGCACCGCCCCCGGGCCCGGGGCCGCGGCCGAGGCGCUGGAGGCGCAGUUCAGCUGUCCCAUCUGCCUCGAGGUUUUCCACCGCGCCGUCGGCAUCGCGGGCUGCGGGCACACGUUUUGUGGGGAAUGCCUGCAGCCCUGCCUGCAGGUGCCCUCCCCGCUGUGCCCGCUCUGCCGCGUGCCCUUCGACCCCAAAAAGGUGGAGAAGGCUUCCAGCGUGGAGAAACAGCUCUCGUCCUACAAGGCUCCCUGCAGGGGCUGCAGCAAGAAGGUGACCCUGGCCAAAAUGCGCUCUCACGUCUCGUCCUGCGCCAAGGUGCAGGAGCAGAUGGCCAACUGCCCCAAGUUUGUUCCAGUUGUCCCCACAUCCCAGCCUAUUCCCAGCAACAUUCCCAACCGCUCCACGUUCGUGUGUCCGUACUGCGGGGCCCGGAACCUGGACCAGCAGGAGCUGGUGAAGCACUGCAUGGAAAACCACCGGAAUGACCCCAACAAAGUGGUGUGCCCGGUGUGCUCGGCCAUGCCCUGGGGCGAUCCCAGCUACAAGAGUGCCAACUUCCUGCAGCACCUGCUCCACAGGCACAAGUUCUCCUACGACACCUUCGUGGAUUACAACAUCGAUGAGGAGGCAGCGUUGCAGGCGGCCCUGGCUCUGUCCCUCUCUGAGAACUGAGGCUGAUCCCUGUCCCUGCCCCGGCUCCUUUUGCACACUCCGGGACCCACGGAGCCCUCCGGAGCCCUGCUGCUGCCUCUGUUCCUGCUGCUCUCCGGGCAAAUCCCACCUUGUUUAAGAAGGUGGAGCCUCUUCAAUGUCACAGUGAGUGAGCAGAGACCUCUGGAGAGAGGAGCUGGCACCGCAGGGCUGGGAUCAGUCCUUGGAUGGGCAUUUCAUAUCCGUGUUGGGAGCACAUCCCUGUGUCCAGAUCUAUUUAUGAUUAGAUGCUUCUUGGCACACUCGUCCCUGCUCUCUGUUGCAACAGAAUAGGUACCUGAAACUGAUAGAGUGGAUGCAAAACACCCUAAUUUGGGAUUGGAAUCAGCCAUAUCCUUUUAAAAAGGAGGAAGGCAGCACGGAGCAUCUUUUUUUAAGCUCUCCAAGGAUUUUUCUAGAGAUGUCAGGCUGUCCUGACCGCCGUGCCGGAGGCUGGAGCUGCCUCCUUCACCUGAAUCCCAGGAUGAGACUGAACAGUGGUUCAGAGGAGCCCUCGAGGAUGGCAUCCAGCAUCCAGGGAAGCCUUCCCCUUCCUCGUUUUGUACCGGCUCUUGGGAUACCAAAUGCUCGCGUUUUUCUACACGAAGCGGCGCGAAGCCUUUUCCACGUUUUCUAGAGCGGGAUCGGAAGCCGUUCCUCUUCACACUGCAAUAUCCGGCACCCGGGACAAGAGUAUUUUUAUGGAACAUUACUAAGAACGUUUAUUUUUUACACAGAUAACCCAAGCAAAUGAACACGUGGAUUGGGAAUGGGGUGGGAAGCAGGAGGUGGAUCCCGAAGCGGCGGGUUGGACUCUGAGGUGGGGGGAAGUGCAGGGAUCAUUCUGGGCCAUUCCUGGGUAUUUCUGGGCCACUCCCGGAUGUUUCUGGGCCACUCCCGGAUGUUUCUGGGCCUUUCCCUUUCCUCACCAGAAUUCCUCUGCCUGUGAGGGAGCAGGCAGGGUCCUUGUGCCACGCUGGCACUCGGCACAGAGCAGCUGGAUUGGAUCCAGGUGCUGGUUGCCCAUGGAAUGUCUGUCCAUGCAGGAUCCCAGCCCCAACGCCGAGCUGCUUAUCCCCCCAGAAAUAAGGGAUUGCAUCCCCCUUUUCUAAUCUCUCUCUGGGAGUAGGGCACUGUUGAUCCAAGGUGCUCCACAGCAUCUUGGUGACCUGUCUUGCCCCCCUGUCCCCUUCCUCUCAGCCUUGCCUGCUGCUGCUGGUGGAGUUGGCUCUGGAGGGCUGGGAGAGGGUGGCAGGGAGAUGGCACCGGCUGUGGGAUGAGCCCAGGGCUCCCAGUGGUGGAGCUGAGGGAGGGGGUGAUUCCUGAGACCCACCGUGCUGCAGGGAAAAGGGGCGGGAGAGGCCCCCCUGUGCAUCUCCCUGCUCGGGGAAUUCCUGAGGUUUAUCCAAAAUCUGGCUCCAGCUCUGCUCUAGCAAUACUGGCUUGGUUUUUAUUUUCAUUUUCAUGACGAUUUUGGGAUCUGCAGCCCCAUGAGGAGCGUGCAGGGAACCCUCUGCUCUCCCCUGGCAGGGCAGGGAAAGGGCUGGAGCUGUCCUGCUCCCCUUUCUGGAGCCAGGCUAGCGAGGAGGGAUGGGAACUUCUCUUACCUGCCCGGCAUUGCUGGCACCUGGAGGAUGUUCCUGGUGGGAUGGAGAACACUGGCAUCUUCCAGGAGGGACCCGGGGGCUAUCCCUGUCCUGUGCUCAGCAGGGACCCUCAGCUCCUGGAGCAACCUCCCUGCUUUUGGGCCAGCACUGUUAACCUCGGCCUCCCUUCCUUCUUUCCUCCUUUUCCUUAUCCUUUCUGCCCCACAGAACCAGAGCAGGGGCAGCAAGAGCUGCUUUUGUAAAGCACUUUAAGGCCCCGGGUGUGAGGGGCCACGCCAGGCCGUGCCAGGGAUCCCUGUGUGCCAUGGAUCCACGGAUCCUGCUGUGCCCGGGAUCCCGCCGGCCGUGCCCGCCAGUGUGUCACCCACCACUUUUUUUGCAUAGUUAGAACUUUUAACGAGCCGUCCUGUUUUUUGAAGAAUUAACUCGAUGACGUAUUUGUAGCAAACCAUUUUUCUCAAUAAAGGCAGUUUCAUCCA